AUGAAGAUCAAAGAGCUGAAGAGAACAGUUAAUGUGAGCUGGUCGCCGGCGGAGCAAUAUCCGAUUAUGCUCGCGGCUGGCUCUGCCGCGCAGCAAGUCGAUGCAUCUUUUAGCUCCAAUGCGUUUUUAGAACUAUAUUCUUUGAACUUGGAGGAACCCGGCAUGGACUUAGAGCUUAAGUCUAGUUUACAAACACAGCACAAGUUUCAAAAACUUGUGUGGUCAGGGGCAGGUGUUAUUGUUGGAGGAUGUGAUGGAGGUUUAUUGCAGUUCUACAAUUUUGAUAAACUUUUGAAUAACUCAACUGAUGCUCUUGUGGGAAGUAGCUCAAAACAUAGUGGCCAUGUAUCAGCACUUGAUAUUAACCCUUACCAGCGGAACUUGCUGGCGUCAGGAGCUUCAGAGAGUGAGAUCUUCAUUUGGGACUUAAAUAAUACUACCCAACCUAUGGCGCCUGGCAAUAGAAAUCAACCUUAUGAUCAUGUACAGGGCUUGGCAUGGAAUCAACAGGUUCAACACAUUCUUGGUUCCACAUUUGCUAAUAGGUGUGUAGUUUGGGACCUGAGGAAAAACGAACCUAUUAUGAAACUGAGCGACUCUCAGUCGCGUACACGUUGGCGAUCGUUGGCGUGGCAUCCGUCUGUGGCGACGCAACUUUGCAUCGCUUCCGAAGAUGACCAGGUUCCUGUUAUUCAGCUUUGGGAUCUUAGGCUGGCUGCUUCACCUUUGGUAACAUUGGAGGGUCAUCAGAAAGGAGUACUCUCUCUAUCAUGGUGCCGACAGGAUCCAGACCUCCUUGUAUCAGCUGGCAAAGAUGGCCGUCUUCUCUGUUGGAAUCCCAACAACACUAAACCGGGUGGGGAGCUGGUGCUGGAGGUGUGCCGGCAGGAGGCGUGGGUGUUCGAGGUGGGCUGGUGCCCGCGCAGCCCUGCGCUGUUGGCCAGCGCCUCCUCCGAGCAGCAGGUCGCCGUGCACGCGCUGCUGCCCGCGCGCAUGCCGGACACGAGCGCGCACAACCAGAGCAGCAUGCUGGAGUCGUUCGGCGGCGCGGGCUCGCUGGGCGCGCUGCCGAGCGUGGAGCGCGCCGCGCCGCCGCCGCCGCCGCCGCAGCCCGCGCGCGCCCCGCGCUGGCUACGUCGCCCCGCCGCCGCGCGCUUCGCGUUUGGUGGUAAGCUCGUGACUUUCGAAAAGUGUCCACAAGAGGCCGGCUCACAGAAACUGGUUUACAUAAGCCAGGUAGUGAGUGAACCGGAAAUAGUUGAGAAAGCUACGGAAUUAGAUAAUGUGUUAAGUCUAACUUUAAAUCAGGAACCAGGAGCUACGGAGAAACUCGCAGAGUACUGCCGUCAGAAGGGUGAAGUGGCGACCGAUCAAAACGAGCGCUACGUAUGGUUCUUCCUGCGCGCCAACUUCCUGCCCACCUUCCGCAGCGAAGUCCUCAACUUACUCGGAUUCAAGCAAGAUGACGUCUCGUCAAAAUUCAAAAAUUCUCUGCCCUCGACGGGAGACGUGCAACAUGACUUGGCGGCUUUGAGUCGAGGCGAGUCCACGGAGACCGAGGCCGAGCUCUCCACCGACACCAGCACAGACCUCUCGGAAGCACAAACAUUGAUCGAGAGAAAACUAGCGAAUCUUGACUUAGAACCUUCUGUCUCCAAUGUUGUCAUACCUAACGGUGAUGACUCGACGAGCCUAAUUUGCCGCGCCCUGGUCUGCGGCAACUUGGAGGAGGCGGUGGAAUUGUGCCUGGAGGCUAAGAGAGUAGCCGAUGCCCUCAUUAUUGCUUCAUUGGGCAGUCAAGAGCUGCUGUACAAGGUGCAGAAGUACCACCUGAACGCGAGUGCCGGGGAGGCUGUGUCCCUGGUGGCGGGCAGCCUGCUGCAGGGCAAGUGGGACGCGCUGGUGCGCGGCGCCGCGCCCGUCAGCUGGAGGGACACGCUGGCGGCGCUCGUCACGCACUGCGACGGGGAUGCGCUCACGCACUACUGCGAGAUGUUGGGUGCGAAGCUAUCUGCGGAGAGCGAUCCGUCGUUACGUGCCGCGGGUGCGCUGUGCUACGUGUGCGCGGCGCGUGAGCACGUGCCGCUAGUGGGGCGUGGCGUGCGAGACGCCGGUGCGCUGGCGCAGCGCGCGGAGCUAGCGCUGCUGCUGCGCCGCGCCGCCGCGGCACGGGGACGUACACCGCAGCGCUGCUGCUGCGCCGCGCCGCCGCGGCACGGAGACGUAUACCGCAGGUAUGUUGUGCUACGUGUGCUACGUGUGAGCGGCGCGCGAGCACGUGCUGUUAGUGGGGCGUGGCGGGCGAGACGCCGGUGCGCUGGCGCAGCGCGCGGAGCUAGCGCUGCUGCUGCGCCGCGCCGCCGCGGCACGGGGACGUACACCGCAGGUAUGUUGUGCUACGUGUGCUACGUGUGCGCGGCGCGCGAGCACGUGCCGUUAGUGGGGCGUGGCGGGCGAGACGCCGGUGCGCUGGCGCAGCGCGCGGAGCUAGCGCUGCUGCUGCGCCGCGCCGCCGCUGCACGGGGACGUGUACCGUAG